AUGCCCAGGACUUUCCCAGUCCAGAUAUCGUACACCCGCCACCUUCCCAGCCCAGAUAUCGUACACCCGCCACCUUCCCAGCCCAGAUAUCGUACACCCGCCACCUUCCCAGCCCAGAUAUCGUACACCCGCCACCUUCACAGCCCAGAUAUCGUACAACCGCCACCUUCACAGCCCAGAUAUCGUACACCCGCCACCUUCACAGCCCAGAUAUCGUACACCCGCCACCUUCCCAGCCCAGAUAUCGUACACCCGCCACCUUCACAGCCCAGAUAUCGUACACCCGCCACCUUCACAGCCCAGAUAUCGUACACCCGCCACCUUCCCAGCCCAGAUAUCGUACACCCGCCACCUUCACAGCCCAGACAUCGUACGCCCGCCACCUCCCCAGCCCACAAAUCUUACACCCGCCACCUCCCCAGCCCAAACAUCGUACACCCGCCACCUCCCCAGCCCAGACAUCGUACACCCGUCACCUCCCCAGCCCAGACAUCGUACACCCGCCACCUUCCCAAUCCACACAUCGUACACCCGCCACCAUCCCAGCCCACACAUCACUUUAAAUACAUACAAACAUCAACGGCCAUUACAAUAAAAUUGGAAGGCGAGGCCAGGAGCUACGCUCGACGCAACAAGCUCAUCAUG